GCUUACGCAUUGCGGACCCCACACACUGCGCGCGCGCGCCCUCGAUCGAUCUUCAUCAGAUCCAUGAUUCAAAUUUUCAAAUCGAUCCAAGAGGAUUCUUGAUGCGCUCCACCGAACGCCUUGAAGCUCCGAAGCACCGAAUCGGUCUUCCCUCCUUCUGCCUUCGCUGAUUAUGGAAUAUAGAGAACGUCCCUUCUUCUGCUACAGCUGGUAUAUUUUCCCCAUUCCAAAGGGUGGUUCGCUUUAUUCCUUCUUCUGUUCCUUGCGUUCCAGAGGUACAAUAAUUCGAAAUCACCGGCCAUGGUUUCGUGAUCGAGUCAUUUUCUUUCCUGAUCGUUCUUUUCUUUUUCGUGGAUGGAACUGUGAGAUUCGAAAUCAGAAGGUAUCAAUCGACUUUUUAGCUUUUUCUAGCUAUUUAUAGGCCGCGAAGGCCGAAGAAGAAACCUACGCUCCCAUUGCCCGAGCGUCGGAACGUUCCUAGCCAAGAAACUGAUUCUUUGGAUAUUCCUUGGAUCUGCAUUUGGUUCAAAUUAGCACCAAAUUUUGGACAAUUAAGCCUUGAUCUUCCAUGGGUUACUUAAAUAACGGUUUUGAUGAAAGCAUUCAGCAGGCUGACCCUGGGGCAGUGUUACGUAAUGGAAGGGAAAUCCUAUUGCAGGCUUUCAACUGGGAAUCUCAUAAACAUGACUGGUGGAGAAACUUAGAGAAGAAGGUUCCUGAUAUUGCAAAAUCUGGGUUUACAUCAGCAUGGUUGCCACCAGCAACUCAUUCUUUUGCCCGUGAAGGUUACCUUCCACAGAACCUUUAUUCCCUCAAUUCCUCCUAUGGUUCCGAGCAUCUAUUAAAAGCUCUACUUCAAAAAAUGAAACAGUAUAAAGUUAGAGCAAUGGCUGACAUUGUUAUCAAUCAUCGCGUUGGGACCACCCAAGGACGUGGUGGAAUGUAUAACCGCUAUGAUGGAAUUCCUAUAUCAUGGGAUGAACGUGCUGUUACAUCUUGUACUGGUGGGCUGGGUAAUCAAAGCACUGGGGACAACUUUCAUGGGGUUCCAAAUAUUGAUCAUAGUCAACAUUUUGUACGAAAAGAUAUUACCUCAUGGCUAUAUUGGCUGCGGAAUAAUGUUGGCUUCCAAGAUUUUCGUUUUGAUUUUGCAAAAGGCUAUUCACCAAAAUAUGUGAAGGAAUACAUUGAAGGGGCGAAGCCAAUAUUUUCUGUUGGUGAGUAUUGGGAUUCAUGCAACUAUAAGGGUAGCCGCUUGGAGUACAACCAAGACAGUCAUAGACAACGGAUUAUCAAUUGGAUUGAUGGCACAGGACAACUUUCAGCUGCGUUUGACUUCACAACGAAGGGAAUUCUUCAGGAAGCUGUUAAGGGAGAAUUCUGGCGUCUGCGUGACCCACUGGGGAAACCACCAGGUGUAAUGGGAUGGUGGCCUUCUAGGGCUGUCACUUUCAUUGACAACCAUGACACUGGCUCAACACAGGCUCAUUGGCCUUUCCCUUCAACUCAUAUUAUGGAGGGCUACGCAUACAUACUCACGCACCCAGGAAUACCAACAGUUUUUUACGACCAUUUCUACGAUUGGGGCAACUCUCAUCAUGAUCAAAUUGUGAAGCUGAUGGAUAUACGAAGGCAUCAAGACAUCCACAGUCGAUCCCCUAUUAAGAUCAUGGAGGCACAGCCAAAUCUAUACUCGGCAAUUAUCGGGGAUAAGGUGUCCAUGAAGAUAGGGGAUGGUUCCUGGUGUCCCGCUGGUCGGGAGUGGACUCUUGCGACCAGCGGCCACAGAUAUGCAGUGUGGCAGAAGGAAUAAUCAUUCUAUUUCCAGGCUAAGGCUCGAUACGUCUGCUAAUAUGGCAUUUCAUAAUUUCAUAUCAUAAUCUGAAUAAAAUAUGAAUAAAACCUUUGUUGUAUAAUAUUGAGCUGGAAAUCUUCUCCCCUACUCCCCCCAGUUUUGUAUGUUUAAAAACCAAAACCUCUACAAAUAAAAGUGUUUGUUUUGUUUA